AUGAACGUCAAGGAAGAUUUAUGUCGCACGUUUGCCUUGACUCGGCAAAAUCUGCGGUUACUAGGAAUAUGGCCUGAUCCUGAUAUAUCUUUGAGUGAUUUUCGCCGACCCAAGUUAAGAUGCAUAAUUGUGAUGUGUAUCAUAAGCAUUUAUGUGUUUAUGCCGCAAUUAUUGAAUACGAUACGUUCCUGGGGUAACGUGAGUUUAAUGGUGCAACACAUCUCUGUUGUUAACUACUGUAUUUUGGCAUUUUUUAAUCUGAGCGUCACCUGGUAUCACGGUAAAUCACUUCGCACGCUGAUAAAGUUGAUUACGGUCGACUGGACGACUGCAAAGGAAACCUGGAAACGGAACACAAUGUUGAAAUUCGCUAGGCGUGGAAGAAACUUAUCUUAUGGCACUUACAUGUGUUCCAUGAUCUCAGCUUUGUUCUACUUGUUAAGCAACCUGCUGAAAUUAUAUAGAAAUUUACAUCAACCUGUUGGUCAACGAAAAUUUAUCUAUCAGAUUACUUAUUCCUAUAACAUUAAAAAAAGUCCAACUUAUGAAAUUACCUAUCUCAUUCAAAUAUUUGGCGGCUUAUCUACAGCUGUAAUCAAUGUUACGACUGACUGCUUCAUCGGGAUACUCUUGUUGCAUAUAUCUGCGCAGCUGAUAAAUCUGCGGAUGAUGCUCAACAUACUGGUGAAGAAGUUGGUUGAAAAAUCUAUAUCCUUCUCAACGUUUAAGAAAGAACUAGCUGCAAUUGUCGUACGACAUGAGAAUCUCAUCAGGAGGACAGAAAGGAUUAACAACUGUUACAGUACAGAAGCAUUAAUAUAUAUGAUAGCCACCACUUUUCAUAUGUGCCUUCAAACUUUUCAGCUUUUCAUGAUUAUAUCGAGCGAAGGUAAGAAUAUCUCCAUUAUGCAAAUAGGUUUUCGUGCAUUAUAUCUCACAGGUCAAUUACUACGGUUAUAUAUUCAUUGUUACUCAUCUGAACAAUUAAUGGCGGAGAGUACCAAUAUGGCAUAUGGCGUAUAUGAAUGCCAGUGGUACGAUUUGCCGUCGAAAAACGCGCAAGACUUGAUGUUUAUAGUUUAUCAAUCUAGGAUUCCACUUAAAAUGAGAGCUGGAAAAUUCGCCAUUUUUUCUAUGGAGAUGUUCGGAACGUUAGUGAAGACAUCAAUGGGAUAUUUAUCUAUGUUGUUAACAAUAAGAAAUUAG